UAUAAUGAGUAAUGAAUUGACCCCCUAAACAACAAACUAAGAAUUGACCCCCUAAACAACAAACUAAGUACCAAGAAGACUCCACCCCUAUCUGUCAAUCUUUUUUGACCAAGAUGUCGUUGCCGGAGAUAACGAGGGCGGCAGCCAAGUGGAGAAAUAAGAAACUAACAUCAGUUUCAAGUAGCCUGUUGCCAGCUUUUGGUAAAGUCACGGGUGAAGGAUCUCUCAAGCUUAAAAGAUUUGUUAUUGCUCCUUAUGAUCGUAGAUAUAGAAUAUGGCAAACAUUUCUGGUGGUAUUGGUGGUGUACUCAGCAUGGUCAUCCCCUUUCGAGCUGGCAUUCAAGAAGGUAGCAAGUGGGGGACUCUUGCCUGUUGAUUUAUUGGUGGAUGCCUUCUUCGCCCUUGACAUUCUUCUCACUUUCUUUGUCGCUUACUUGGACAAAUCCACUUAUUUACUAGUUGAUGAUCACAAGAAAAUUGCUUUCAGGUUUGCGACUCAUCUAGGAUUCCCAAUGGAUGUUGCUUCAACCAUACCAUUUCAAACAAUAUUCCAAAUCUUUGAUGGGAAAAAGCAAGAAGAUGACAUUUUUGGCUUCCUCAACUUGCUCAGACUUUGGCGACUACGGCGUGUUAGUAAGUUCUUCUCAAGGCUAGAGAAGGACACUCGAUUCAGCUACUUCUGGACAAGAAUAUGUAAACUAAUUUGUGUGACCUUAUUCGCGGUGCAUUCCGCUGGGUGUUUUUAUUACUGGCUAGCAACAAAUUAUCACACUGCAGAUAAUACCUGGAUUGGAUCAAAUGUUACUAAUUUCCAAGAAAGAAGCAUUGCUCUAGGAUACACAUAUUCCAUGUACUGGUCUGUUGUUACGCUCACCACAGUCGGCUAUGGCGAUCUCCGCGCACAUAAUACAGGAGAGAAGGUUUUCGCCAUCUUGUACAUGCUUUUCAACAUUGGCCUCACUGCUUACUUAAUUGGCAACAUGACCAAUCUUAUUGUCCACAGUGUCGCUCGAACCUUCGCGAUGAGGGACGCCAUCAAUGAUAUAUUGCGAUAUGCAAGCAAGAAUAGACUUCCAGAAGGCAUAAAAGAGCAAAUGCUGGCACAUUUAACACUCAGAUUCAAGACUGCAGAACUACAGCAUGAGGAAGUACUAGAGGUCUUGCCCAAGGCAAUAAGAUCUAGCAUUGCACAGCAUCUCUUCCAUACAACCCUUGAAAAUACCUACCUUUUCAAAGGGGUUUCCGAAGACUUUUUAGUCCAGCUGGUUUCAGAGAUAAAAGCAGAAUACUUCCCACCAAAAGUUGACAUCAUUAUUCAAAAUGAGAUACCAACUGAUUUCUACAUUAUUGUCUCCGGGGCUGUGGAAGUAGUUACAUACGAGAAUGGAAUCGAAAAGUUCCUGUCAAAGUUAGUAUCCCCAGAAUUGUUCGGGGAAAUAGGUGUGAUCUUUAAUACGCCGCAGCCUUUCACCGUGAGAAGUAAGAGGCUUUCUCAGGUUGUUCGAAUCAGCCAUCAUCAUUUCAAGCAACUCGUGCAGCCCCUUAAAGCAGAUGGAAAGAUAAUCCUCUCCAAUUUUCUUCAGCAUCUGAAAGGAAUUGAAAAGGAAAAGCUACAACAGAUACCGCUCAUAUCGGAGCUGCUCAGCGACCUGUAUAGUGAGGUGGGUACAGUGAGUAAGGGACAAAAUCAUGAAGGACAAAGACAAGAAGGAAAUAGAAUUCCAAGAAUGUCAGGCACACUCCCCACUAGGAUUAUAAUACAUGGAUAUCAUCCACAUGACAAACCAAAUGAAGGAGGAAUUGCAGGAAAACUAAUACAUCUACCUGACUCAGUUGAAGGUCUCCUAGCAAUAGCAGAAAAAAGGUUUGGCAAAAGAGGAAGUACAAUUCUCACGGCAGAUGGCUCCCAACUGGAGGAUUUGGGUGCUAUGCGCGAAAAUGAUCACUUGUAUAUAGUUUGACGGAUCCUCAAAGACGUGUACUGAUAAGUGAAAUAAGCAGAUUAGGGAAUUAUCUUACUUAGACAGAGAGUAUGUCUGAGUUUGCAAACCUUUAUCUAGAGGUUUUGAAAGUUUAAAUACUUCCUAUGAUCUUAUGAUAGAGGAGAUUUAAAAGAACAUCAAAAGUCGGAAGAUCAGCAACUAGCCUCUUAGCAUUCCUGUACCUGGAACUUUUGUUUACCCCUUAUUUGUGCUCAGUUGCCUACCAAAUGAUAUUUUCGCGUAGUUUUCAUAUGGAUUCAAUCAUCAGCUUAUAUUUUCUUUUUCGCCCUCAAUGAUUCAGAAUAGAAGUGU